AACUCCGUGAGCGAUCACUACCGAGCGGAGCGCAGCCGAGAGCAGUCAGGCCGACGUGUCUCUACCCGAGGCCGGAUGGUAAAAUCCAACCUCCAGCGGAUCCUAAACAGUCAUUGCUUUGCUCGCGAGAAAGAAGGAAAAAGGCAGCCUCUUAAUACUACCAUGGCGAAUCUGAGUAGUGGUAUUUGUGACAUGAUUGGGAACCUGUCCCUGCACUGUAGUAGUACCCGCGGCCCAGGGCCUCUGUGGUGCUCCGAUGCCCCUCUCCCACCCCUGAAGAUCCCAGGUGGGCGAGGGAAUGGCACACGGGAUCACACUCCUUCAGCUCGACUGCUCUACUCAGACCGAAAGUUGACUGUAAUGGAGGAGCCACCAGGGAAUGGUCGCCCUGGGAUACUCCACUUCCAAAGUCGUCCCACCGUUACCAAGACAAUAGAGUGGGAUGCUGUCAUAAGCAGCAGUGCACUCUAUGUGGAGAUACCUCUUGACCCUCUUCCUGAUGGCAGCAAGGAGAGUUUCGCAGCUCUCUUGGAGUAUGCUGAAGAACAUCUGAAAGUUGUUAGCGUGUUUGUCUGCUUUUACAAGAACAGAGAUGAUCGUGCUAAACUUGUGCGUACCUUCAGUUUCCUGGGCUUUGAGAUUGUGAAACCGGGCCAUGCCCUCGUCCCACCUCGACCCGACGUUUUCUUCAUGGCCUACAACUUUGACAGGGACUCCUCAGAUGAGGAGUAACCUACUGGACAACCUCUCCACCCCGUGCUUGCAUCUUUUCUUUUCCUCCCCAUUGUAUGGUUUCCCCAUUCAGCCGUGGCUUACUCACAUACUGUCUGUUAAACCCUGGGCUGUAGCUCUGUAUGCAAAUACUCACCUCCCCAUGCUUUUUGUGUUUAAGGGAAUAAAUAAGUUCUGGUUUUCAGCAUCUA